UCUUACAAAACAAGACACGCGUCUAUCUCUUUUACUACUGCACCAUUCCUAACUAAACCAACAUUUAUAUAUACUACACGCACUCUUCCUCGCCGCCAUUUCUCUCUCUCUCUCACAAAACCAUGUCGCUUCCUUCCUCUUCUUUUCCCUAUCUUCCACCGCCUCCAUUGCCAAACGACUUCGGAACUAGCUCAUACCCAUACGGCACGUCGUUUACCUCACCACCACCACCACCUCCACCACCGCCGCCACCGCAUUCAUCGAUGAACCCUAGCAUUCUCAUCAUCGUUCUCAUCCUCGCCGUCACGGUCGUCGCCUCCGUCUCUCUCUGCCUCCUCCUCCGCCACCUCAACCGCCGCUGCCUCCGCCACCUCAGCAACUCCUCCGCUACUACUACUACUACUACUACUCUCACCUCCAGUGCUUCCGAGUCUCAGUCUCACGUUCUCUCCAACCGACGAGUCUCGCCGGAGAUUCCUAAGAGCACGAUCAUCGACUCGCUUCCGCUAUUCGCCUUCUCCUCCAUCACUCGCCGCAGCAAUUCGACCUCCGCCGACUGCGCGGUUUGCUUGUCGAAGUUCGAGCCGAACGACCAGCUCCGUCUCUUGCCUCUCUGUUGCCAUGCUUUUCACGCCGAGUGUAUCGACACGUGGCUCGGGUCGAACCAGACCUGUCCGCUUUGCCGGUCGGCGAUCGUCGCUUCUGAAUCGGAUAUCAUGAAAUCCACCGGUGCCGGAGCAAGUGACAGUUUCCGGUUAGAGAUUGGCAAUGUGAGUCGCCGUAGAGCCGCUUCUGAUGCCGGCGAAGCAGGCCGGAGAUCGUAUUCGAUUGGCUCCUUCGAGUACCUCGUCGACGACGACUCGGAGAUCAGCGUGAAUCACGCUCACCGGAGAAGCGUAUCGGAUAAAGACGACAGCGGCCUCUUGUGGACUCGUCAGCCGCCGCCAUCGGUGCCGCCGGAGUUGGACUCAACUCUAGGUCCUGACGUGGCAGCUGGAAGAAGCUGGCUGAAGGACUAUAUAGACAGAUUCUCAGCCUCAAUUUCAUCGCGCGCUAUGUCUUUUCGGAGUUCCGGUAGAUUUUUCUCAGGAAGUAGUCGCCGGAGCGAGCUCUCCGGCGCCGGAGAAUGGGACCUCGAAAGCAAUAGAGUCGGCGAAGAGAUAACGGAGAUGUUCCGAUGGCUAUCCGAUAGGUAAAAUGGUAAAUAGGAUAUUUUCUUAUUUAGAAGAUUUUGAUUUUUAAUUUUUGUUUUUUUUUAAUCUUUAAAAAAAGAAAAAAACAAAACAAAAAUUCACAAUCUAUUUUUUGCUAUAUCGGCUCCAAAUAGAUUCGCACAUUUUGUCUUCAUUCAAAAUUUAGAGUCGAUUUAGCAAAAUUUUGAUUGGAAAUAAGGAAUGUUAGAAAAAUUGACGGUGGAGAUUUCUUUU